GAGUCCAUCCACUUGUUCCCUUAUCAAACGCUGCUCGCUUCAGACGUCUCCCUAGGCCGUCCUCUUGACGGAGUACGGAAGCUUGCCCUCCAAGCUGACUCUUUCACGUGGCUUAGCGUUUUCCAGUGGAGGCCUCUGACGACUAGAGCCAACACAACAGUACUCGGCCUCCGGCUAACCUGCGUCGCAGCUGUUGUCCUUGAGCAGAAGGCAUUCGAAUAUAUCGCCCUAGAAAUCGCUCCUCCCUCCAGGCUGUGCUGUCCUGAUUCGUGAUUCCGCGUUCCGUAUUCCAUAUUCUGCAUUCUGUAACUGUGCGACGUCCGCGACAGUCGACAUGGCCCGAUGGCGGCACUCUCGACCAGUCUUGCUGCUGUCGCUCUUUCUGCUUCUCCUCUCGUCCGGCGUCAUCGGCGAAUGCUCGCAAGCUCCGUUCGUAAAAAUCGCCGACAUAUUGCAAGCAAGGAGUAUCAAUCCCGAGGCAGAGUCCGCUGCCACCGCACCUCCUAAUGGCGGCCGGACAGGCGUUGUGGCAGGAGCAGCAGUAGCAGGGGCAACGGCAAAAGAAGUGGCACGUGAAGAGGGCGAGCCAGCACGCGAAUCGUCUUCCACCGGCGAUGCCAGACUCAACGAUCAAGGCGAACAAUUCUAUGAAGACACGACGAGCAUGUCCGGGGUUCCUGGUGACGCGCAGAAUUCUUCCUCUGCGACCGGGUCGACGACCUCGACGAACGAGAGCGACGACUGGUGGGACGUCGCAGACGGCGAUCCUGUCGUGGACGACGGCUUGCGACGAGUUCUGGCGUCGUCAAGGGGGGGAGGCGGGAGCAAGUACCCGCUCUUUAGUAAGUGCAACGCGAUGGUGGGCAAAGAUGGCAGCAGCCAGUACAAGAGCGUGCAGGACGCCGUUAAUAAAAUCCCCGGAUCGCGUUCGUCCACGUGGCGCAUCUGCAUAAAACCCGGGCGCUACAACGAGCAGGUGCACAUCAAGCCCGGGCAGAACAAAGUCGACCUCCGAGGCGCGGGCAGGUCGACAAUAAUCUCGGCGGGAAACGCGCAGUCGAAGCGCGGGUCUCCGUGGUACGCGGCGACGCUGGUGGUGGAAGGGAACGAUUUCUCUGCAGCGGGCUUCGUUGUAGAGAACACCGCUAAGACGACCUUCGAUCCCGCACCGGCCGUAGGCCUUUUGGGGUCGCGAUCGCGGUGGUCCGCCAUGGGGCUGAUCGCAUGGGUUGACACGGUGGGGGCGUUCACGGGGAAGCAUCUGUUCCAGGCGAGUUACAUCUCGGGGCUCACCGAUGUCAUCUGGGGGUUCGGACGCGUGGCGAUCGUUGAUUCGCAGAUCGACGUUCGGCACUACGAGUCGAGUAUUCAGUACAUCGGGUAUUUGACUGCGAUGGGCACGGAUUGGCCCACGGGAAGUAUGGGCAGCGGCGGAGCGAUUAUAUCCAAGAGUACUAUCAACGGCAACGGGAAGGCUUAUCUGGGGAGGCCGUAUCGGGACAAGGCUCUGGUGGUGUACGAUUCGUGCUACAUGGAUAAGGCUGUUGUGCCUGUGGGGUGGUCGGACUGGCAAGGGCGUUAUUCCAAAGGCGGGGUUCAGUUUAAGGAGUACAACUCGCGAGGGCCUGGGUCGUCGCCAGGGGAGCGGAGGAUGUCGAGUGUGAGCGGGGGAAGCGUGCCGAGCAAUUACAACUGGAAGCAGUUCAUAGCUUAGGAGAUAUAGAUGGGGUGAUGGGCUUUCCUCACACGCUAUGAGGAGAAGAAUAGAGGGCUGAUGACCAGUACUCGGAUUUAGGCUGGUGAAUAAGCGCCUGCUGGCGCUGGUGAGUGCUCUGUGCAUAACCAUGUAUUGCCAUUGCUGUGACCGGAGCUUGUCCAGAGCUUUGAAGUAAUCUUCAUUCAGUA